AUGGCCGACCUCAAAGAGGAGGCUCUGAACUCGUCGCAUGACUUCUACGACCUUCUCGGCAUUGCGCCUUCCUCUCAAGAGUCAGAGAUCAGGCGCGCAUACCGAAAAACAGCUCUCAAGUACCAUCCGGACAAGGUUGGGGACGAUCAAGCCGCUCUCGACAAAUUUCACCUGCUUUCGAUCGCAUACGAGGUCUUAUCGGACCAAGAUGUGCGCCAGCUCUAUGACAACGCUCGACGUGCGCGAGAAGAAAAGAAGGAGAGAGAUGCCGCUUACGAGGGCAGGCGAAGGGCGUUGAAGGAAGAACUGGAGCGGAGGGAAAGCGCAGGCGUCGCAGGCUUCAAGAGAAAGCGCGAGGAAGCACAGGAGGAAGAGGCAUUUCAGCGAGAACUAAAGCGAUUAGCAGCAGACGGAGCUCGACGGAGGAAGGAGCGAGAGGAAAUGCUAAGGAGGGAGGCCGAAGAUGAACAAAAUCGCGAGCAGCGUGAAGAUGCGGAGAAGGCAGAGGUGUCAGAUACUCCGGCAACGCCUGCGCCAGUCAACGAAGAUUCAGUCCCGUCAGAGAUGCAUCGAACGUGCAAGCUGAGGUGGCUCCCGUCUACCAGCAUCACCACAUCAGACUUGGAGUCACGCUUUCAGCGCUUUGGAAAGAUCCAAGACGUGGUAAUCAGUCCCAAGCCUAAGAAGAUCAAGGUCGAUGGCGAAAAGCACCGGAAGGAGUACAUGACGGCACUGAUUAUCUUCGAAAAUAUCGUUGCUGCGAGUAUGGCAGUUCGAGAAGGCUCGCGACUCGUCAAAGAAGACACUGACCGUGCUGACUGGGGCGUCUUCGAGGGCAUAGACUGGGCCAGCGGAAAAGAGCCGGAAGGUCUACCUAAGCCUCCAGCAAGCAACGGAAGCUCUACUUCCAAAGAGAAAGCAGCUUAUAAUCGAUGGCUGUUCACGAAAGGGCUUGAGAAGACAGCACUAACACUAAAAGGAAAGCCUUCAUUUGGGAGUUUCAAGAAGAAGCCGGAGUAGCAUUUUGGAAGAAGUUGGACGCAAUAGUGCUUUAGAGAUACCCACACAGCGAGAUCACUUUGAGUGCAACUUAUGAAU